GUAGAUGAUCUGAACACUGAUCCACAGCUCAGAGAAUGAUUAGACCGUGCAGUACUGCUGCUCGCCGCAUGGAGCACUGCUAGAUGUAAACCAAUGCAUUUAGCACUCAGGGAGGAACAUGUCGUACUUCUAAAACAGGGAUUAGGAACUGUAAUGCUUCACCCCAUGUGCUGUUCUUCCACCGAGAUCCACACACGGAGUUUCUCUUAUUAUUUCGAGUCCAGAGAAUUGAGACAGGACAGCAGCUCAUGGUGCUGGAAGUGAGCUAGCUUGCUAGACAAGCUAAGCCAGUUUUCAUCAGCAGCUUGGUUAUUGUUAACCGAGUGUGUGUUGUUUUUUUUUUUUAAUUUUAUUUAAUAAUACCUUCACUUUGCUGUGGAUUAACGUGUUAUACGAGCGAUCACCCGGACGUGAACUGAGAUCUAAAUAUGGAUCCGUUUGAUAGUGACCGAGCUCCUCUUCCCCGGAACAUGAUAGAAAACAGCAUGUUUGAGGAGGAACCUGACGUGGUGGAUCUGGCCAAAGACUCGCCCUCCUACCCCAUCGACUCGGAUGAUGUCGUGUAUGAGCCACGCAGCUCCAGGCUGCUGGUACGCGGCCUUGGCGAGAACGAGCUGGAAGAAGAUGAAGAGGACUAUGAGUCUUCAGCUAGACUCCUGGGCAUGUCCUUCAUGAACCGUAGUUCCAACCAGCGCGGCGGCGCCACCUCCUACAGCCGCCAGCAACCAUCCGGUUCAUGCUUGAUGCCUUCUGCGAAGACCAUGGUGGUGGGAGUCUUGCUCCUGGUCUUCAUUGCUUCACUGGUCAUGGUCAUCUACUUCCUCCCCAAGUGCACUUUUUCCAAAGAAGGCUGCCAUAAUGCCAGCUCUGCCUUAGAAGUCAUCUAUCCAAUCUCCAAAAAUGGCGAGCUUUUUCCGUGGACGCACCUGAGGCUUCCAACCAGCGUGCGUCCUGUUGACUACAAGAUUUCGCUCCAUCCCAACCUGAGUACCAUGACGUUCAGAGGGAGUGUAGCCAUCACUGUGGAGGUCCUGCAAGAGACCAAGAAGGUUGUUUUGCACAGCUCUGAUAUACAGAUACAGAACGCCACUUUCCAAGACAAAGAGGUGAAGAUCUUGGAGUACCAGCCCUGGCAGCAGAUUGCUAUCAAGUUGUCAGAGGAUCUUAAAAAGGGACAAAAGUAUGUACUGAAUAUCAACUAUUCCGCAAACCUCUCCAGCAGCUAUGACGGCUUCUAUAACAGCUCUUACACUGACACAAGUGGAAAAAGAAGAGUUUUGGCUGCUACUCAGUUUGAACCCCUGGCUGCCCGCAAGGCUUUUCCUUGUUUUGAUGAACCUGCUUUUAAGGCCAGAUUUCUAAUUAAGAUAAAGAGACAAGCGGAGUACAUCAGCCUUUCUAACAUGCCUUUGGCCAAAACUACUGCGUUGCCAGAUGGGCUUUUUGAGGAUGAGUUUGAGAACAGUGUCAACAUGAGCACCUAUCUGGUUGCAUUUAUUGUGGCCAACUUCAGCAGUGUCAGUAUGAAUGUCUCUGACACUCUGGUCUCCGUAUAUGCAGUCCCAGAUAAAAAGGACCAAGUUCAUUAUGCGCUGGAAUCAGCUGCCAAGCUUCUGCAGUUCUACAAUGAUUUCUUUGGUAUCAAGUAUCCGUUGCACAAAUUAGACUUGGUAGGCAUUCCAGACUUCCUGGCUGGAGCGAUGGAGAACUGGGGUCUCAUCACAUUCCGGGAAACGACCCUGCUCGUGGGAAAUCAUUCCUCCCCCAUGGAUAAACAACUAGUGUCCUCCGUUAUUGCUCAUGAACUUGCACAUCAGUGGUUUGGGAACCUGGUCACCAUGCGCUGGUGGAAUGAUCUCUGGCUGAAUGAAGGAUUUGCAACAUACAUGCAGUACUUGUCUAUUGAGAAAGUCUUCCCCAAUCUUGACAUUGACCUCGAGUUCCUGAGUGUACGUUUCGGAGCCCUCGCCACCGACGCCAUGAAUUCGUCCCAUCCUGUGUCUGCUAAAGUAACUGCUCCAGAGGAAGUGGAAGAGAUGUUUGACUCCGUGUCCUACGAGAAGGGUGCCUCUCUUUUACUCAUGCUGAAUGCAACACUUAGCGAAGAGGUGUUCAAGAAAGGAGUGAUUGCGUAUCUGACAAAGUACAACGGCAGCAACACCGAGAAGGAAGAUCUGUGGAACAGCUUUUCACAGUUCACAAAACCAUCCAUCGAUGUGGCACAGAUGAUGAACACCUGGACUGUACAAAAAGGUUUUCCGCUGGUCACCGUGAGCAGAACAGGCAACCAAGUGAAAGUGACGCAAGACCAUUUCCUCCUAAAUGCUGGCAAAAUCACAGAACACAGCAACUUGUGGCACAUCCCACUGACGUACAUCAAUGACAGUUGUAGCAGCUCCAUCUCCUGCAAGCAAAUGUUUUAUUUGAAGGACAAAACGGCCACCUUUAACAUUACAGGCGGUGUGAAGUGGCUGAAGUUUAACUACAGGAAUGAUGGCUUCUACGUCGUGGACUAUGGAGAUGAAGGCUGGAGAGUACUGAUCGAGGCCUUGAAGGAAAACGUGAACGUUCUUCCACCGGAGGACCGAGCAUCUCUCAUUAAUAAUGUCUUUGCUCUGUCAAGGUUGGGAAAGGUGUCCUUCAGACAAGUGUUGAAUCUCUUGGCGUAUUUAAAGAAUGAAACGGAAACGGCGCCGCUGACUGAAGCCCUGACACAGCUCGGCACCAUCUACAGGCUGCUUGAGAAAAGAUCCGAUUUAAAUCUAGUGUCCCGGAUGAGGAGCUACAUUUUCCAUAAUUUCGGCGAACUGAUGGACAGCCAGUCAUGGGGAGAAGAGACUUCUGUUUCUAAAAUGAGUCUGAGGUCGAUCCUGCUGGAGACAGCCUGCACCCUCAACAGACCAAACUGCACUGAGAACGCCAAACCCCUCUUUGAUCAGUGGAUGUCCUCGAAUAAGACGGUUCCUGGAGACCUCCUGAGAGCAGUUCUGUCUGUGGCAGCCCAGACUGAGGAAGGUUGGAAUGCAUUGUAUGAAUCUUACGUACAUUCCAUCUGCGACUCGGAGAAACGCAAAACACUGCAGGCUUUAGCCAGCACGCAGGAUAUGCGAAAAAUCGCAUGGAUCCUAAAAGCAGGUCUUGAUGGAAGUCCGAUACAGACCCCUGAACUUCCUCUUGUGAUUAACAGAGUAAGCAGACAUUUUGCAGGUUACCUGUACACUUGGGAUUUUGUGAAGGAGAACUGGGAUAAACUCACACAAAAAUUUCCCAUUGGCAGUUUCCCUUUGCAAAGCAUUAUCAUGUCUACGACCAGCCAGUUUUCUACAAAGACACACCUUGAGGAGGUUCAGAGGUUUUUCAGCUCUUUAAAGGAGAGAGGAUCUCAGAUGAGGAGCGUUCAGGAGGCCAUCGAGAACAUUCAGCUGAACAUGUUCUGGGUGGAGAACAACCUGGACACACUCAGGGAGUGGCUAUAGGCUCAGAGGGCAAACUUCCUCACACACGUGCACACACACACACACACACACACACACACACACACACACACACACACACACACGCACGAACAUACCCCUCAGGUGAUGAGGCCGAGCACUUGUGAUUGAUGUUACAGAGAUCACGGCCAGAGUCAGAUGUGUGCAGAGAUGUGUCAGAAUACUUUUUUUGACUUAUUACGGCUAUUUUUAUGUAGGAAUUUUUCCAUUGAAAACCAGAGGUGCUAAAAUCUACCAUUUAGCUGUAGCAUUUAGAUUUAUAUGUACAAUUCUGCUUUUUCAGCAGUCAGACCAAACACACACAAAAUCCACCUGGCAGAAAAGGGCAAAAAAAAAAAAAAAAAAAAAAAGGCAAGACAUGGACCUGUUUUUGCCUCGCUUGGGACACAUCUGAUUAAAAUUUUACGUCUCUUUUAUCAGAAUAUCCCAUACUGUGGUGAAUUCUGUUUGUUUGGGGUUUUUUUGUUUUUUUUUUAUUAUUUGCUUUCUAGGAUUUUCUUGUUAGCACCUCUGAAAAACAAUGGUCAAGGAAAGAUUGUGAUUAUCAUGCUGUAAAUAAGGUAGCACAUUUCCUGCCUGCCUAGCCUUCAUGCCUUUCUUGCUGCUUCAAGUUGUGUGGGAAACUAUGCUGACCUUUUUGCUUGUCUUUUGGCCUGUCCCUGCACACAUGCGGCUGUGGUUUAUGACUGUUUGCACUAUUGGGAAUUCCAGCUUGCUCAGGGUUACUCCAGUUCGUGAACGAUUGCGCAUGAUGGCUACAGACCAAUCCUCUCAGAGGUGUCUUUUCAACAUGCCUUUUACAUGCGUUGCCAAAACAAUAGUCAUUUAAUGAGAAAAUGACUUCUGAAUUUGAGAUCAUGCAACGAGGGAAGCAUGUCAAGAGAACUAGAAGACCUUGAGAUGGUUUAUCUGUCUAGAUGUGUACAGACAAUCAGUCUUGUAAGGCAUUUGCUAAACCAUUUUUUAAAAAAUGAAUGGAAUUUGCAAUGCUUGUAGCUGGUACUGUGUAAAUACUCUCUUGCCUUAGCAGUUUUCCUCAUAAGCCUUAUUCUUUAAGUUUGUCGCAGUUUGGAAGUAUUGAUUUUAGUGUGUUUUAUAGAUUUUAUGCAGACUUGCACAUACUGAAGUCAGAGGGUUUUAUUUGACAUGACAGAUCUUAAGUUAAAGCUUAGAUUUUAAGUGUGGAAAUUUGUUCGUAUAUUUAGGUUUUGUUAUGCACAUUGGGAAUUAAGCGUAAAAAAAAAAAAUAUUAAUGUAAUAUUUUCACGCAUCAGGAACAAGACAAGUGUCAUUGAAUCAUUCAUUUGAGCUGCAAAAAAAAGAACAUGCAGGUCUAAAUUUGGUGUUGUCAUUCUGUGAUGGCAGCAUUGUUAGACAUAGUUUGCGUUUGCAAACGGGCCAUGCCAGUUUCCUCCCCUUUAAAAAUGAUGCACACAAAAGCUCUUUUGUCUGCUCUCUGAUAAUGGAGUUGUGAGCCACCUCAUGAUUCGCUGGGCAUACCAGCUCUUUAAAGAUAAGAUUACCACCAUAAAAGAUAAGUUUAGCAUCAUAGCUACUGUAGAAGUUCUGUGAAUUUUUUUUUUUUUUUUUUUUUUUUUCAAUUCUCAGUCCAGGUUUAUUUGAAGAUCAUAAAACACCAAAUUAUUAGAUGUAUCAGAUACAGUUGGAUCCAUAAGUAUUUGUACAGUGACACAAUUUUCAUACUUUUGCCAAUGUACACCCACCAAAAUGGAUUUGAAAUGAAGCAAUCAGUAUAUGAUUGAAGUAUAGACCUUCAGCUUUAAUACAAGGGGUUUAACAAAUAUAUUGCUCUUUAUGAAUUACAGCUAUUUUUAGUCACGUAAUUUUCCCAAGCUCAAAAGUCAUUGGUCAACUGACUGAUUACCAGUUUCAUGGCCAGAUGUAGCCGGCUUCCUAGUUAUUUCAUGACAAAUUCAUUUGCAUUUAGUAGGUGUUCAUUGGAACUCUAUAUGCAGCCCAGAGCGGGGUCCGUAAGUGAAGGAGGCCAUCAACAGGCUGGGAAAAAAAAACAGAACAGAUGUAUCGGAGAGAUAGCAGGAACAUUGGAGUGGCCAAAUCAACAAUUUUUGGUACAUUCUUAAAGAGAAGGAAUGCACUGGUGAGCUUAGCAACACCAAAAGGCCUGGAAGACCACAGAAGUAAAGUGGUGGAUGAUUGCAUAAUUCUUCCUUGUUGAAUAAAAACCCUUCACAACAUCUAGCCAAGACAAGAACACUCUGGAGGAGGUAGGUGUAUCAUUGUCAAAGUCUACAAUCAAGAGAUGCCUUCAUGAAUGUAAGUACAGACUAUUUACCUCAAGAUGCAAACCACUCAAGAACAGAAAGGACAGAUUAGAUUUUGCUAGAAAAUAUAUUUUAAAAAAAAGAUAUUGGGCAUCCCUUUCACUUACUGAAGACAAAACUGAAGACAGGGACCCAAAAAUAAGCAGCAACUGAAGGCGGCUGCAGCAAAGGCCUGGCAAAGCAUCUCAGGGGAGGAACCUCAGCAUUUGGUGAUGUCCAUGGGUUCCAGACAAGUAUUUGCAUCCAAGUAUUAAAAGAAAUCCUGAUAUUUAUAACUGUUCAUUUGUCCAAUUACUUUUGAGCUUGUGAAAAUGGAGACUCGUACUGGUCACUGGAAGUUCAACAUGGCACCUCAUGACAAAGAACUCUCUGAGGAUCUGAAAAAAAGAAUUGUUGCUCUACAUAAAGACGGCCUAGGCUAUAAGAAGAUUGCCAAGACCCUGACACUGAGCUGCAGCACGGUGGCCAAGACCAUACAGCGGUUUAACAGGACAAGUUCCACUCUGAACAGGCCUCGCCAUGGUCGACCAAAGAAGUUGAGUGCACGUGCAUGCUUUAUUUCAAAUCCGUGGUGGUGGUGUACAGAGGGAAAAAUUACAAAAAAUGUGUCGCUGUACAAAUACUUAUGGACCUGUCUUUUCAGUAAUUUUAUCCACUGAUGCACAUUCACAAACACACAGGUUCUUAAAAUGCUCUGACAUGGAGGAUUAGUCUGAAAUCCUAUCCACUGUUUUUUCCAAACCUGAUAAAGCGUUACAGGAUUUAUUUCCAUCCCUGACGAAAGAGAUCAGGGUACCAGGAGUUAAAAAUCAAAAGGUAAAUGUUUCUUGUCUUGGUUGAAUGCUUUAAUGAGCACCUUGUUUGAUACUUUUUGUUCUUGCUAUAUGUCAAGGUUAAUGUAAAACACAUGAAUACAAUAUAAAAAAAUCUCCAGAUCUUACUCUUUUUGACUUCAUGUUUCAUCAUGAUAAUGUGUAAUAGUAGGGAUGCAUUGAAAGUUUGGUUACACCAAAUAUGGCCAAAACGACACUAGAUUUUUGGCCAAAAAAGGAAAAAUACAGAAUUUUGUAGAGGGAAAAAGUCUUACCCUGUUAUCCAGGGGCAUUUUCAUUACUGGUUUGAUACCACCUGAAAUCAUGAAAUGAAUCCAGUGAAUAGUCAGAGAACUUAUGAAAGUUUGAACUUAUAAAUAAUACUGUUUUUUCAUUACCAAGUUGUAAUUUAGUAUUAAUCAAUUAUAUUCAAUUAUCUAAUGCUAAUAAUAAUAAUAAUAAUAAUAAUCUAGAACUUUGUUUUCAGUUUUUCAGAGUACCCUGAAUUUUUGGUUUCAGACAAGAAUUUUAGUUCAUCACCAUAUAAUAUUAAUAAUGCAGAAUGGUUGAUAUUCUUAAUGAGAUGGGCCAGGUUAAAUAAAUCAGUACAUUUAUACCCGUGCAGCAUGUCGUGAUACUAUGCGGACUUUUUUUAAUUUUUAUUUUUAUGUAUUUGUGUGCUAUUGCCACAUUUGAAAAGGCUUUUCACUGAAUGUAUUAGCAUUGUGAUUUUGGAGUUGUGGGCUUUGAAUUUGAAUCUGGUACAUUUCUAGAUACAGCUGUAUCAAUGCUACUUUCUGGUAUGGAAUGCUGGUAGUUAAAGUAAUGUAUAAUUUUUUUUUGUUUGUUUUAUAUUUUAUUACUGUUUUUGGUUUGAGCAGACAUGAAGGCUGGAGCUCAAGAGCUCUGUGACUGAAGUCAGUUUUUCCAGAUCCAGCUACAAAAUGCAUUUCAUACUUACUCAUUCAGAAAAUACAAAGAUGAAGUCCAAAGUCUGUGGACAGUUACACUGACCUCAUAUGGGUACCAGACAGUAGUAUUGCUGCAUCCAUAUCUCCAUUUAAAAACAAUAACUGAAUUAUUCAAGUAAAGAUUAGGGGCACAUCUCACUUUGUCUAUUAUUAUUAAGGUCACAUUUGAGCUUUUACUCAAGGGACUGAGGUGUAUACAGAAAUUAUACACCUCAGCUUGGAUUUUGCUCAAGUUUUGCUUGUGUGAUACUGAACUGUUAGUGUAAUUCACCUGUGAAAAUGCUCAGAGGUCGGUUUUCUGUUAGUACUCCAGCACCGGUUUCAGUUAUAAACUCUUUAGUACUGUCAGAAAUCCAUGUACAACAGCUGAAUGAAUGAAUAAAUGAAUGAAUUAAUAUAUCUUGAUAAUUGGUUGAUGUUUCUUUGUAUUUACUGUUACAGAUUGAAAUAUACAUUUUCCUACUGGUGUGGUUUUUUUGUUGUUGUUGUUUUUUUUUACUGAAAGUAUGACUGUCAGUUUUGCUAGUUGCGGUGUCCUAGAGAACAUGAACAUUUCUUUCAUUGCAUGUAGUCUUGUCCUCUGUGACUUUCCUGCCCAUAUAUUUUGUGAAAAAUCUUUCAUCUGGAUUUGCCAUACGAUUCUAAAGUAUGUACAGUAUGUACUAUCUCUGUCUCUCUCUCUGUGUGUGUGUGUGUGUGUGUGUGUGUGUGUGUGUGUGUGUGUGUGUGUGUGUGUGGCACUGUGCAGAAACUUUAGGCACAUGCAAAGAAAUGCAGUUAAUAAUGAAAUUAACUGUGUCUACAUAAAAUACAGUAAAGAGCAGUAAACAGUAGUGAAUUAAACAAAGUCAAUAUUUGAUGUGACAAUUUUUUUAAAUAUAAAUAGUAGUUUUCGAUACAGUUUGUGCAGUUUUAUAAGCUGUAAUCUUUAUGGAGCAUCUUGUAGAACCAGACACAGUUCUUCUGGAGACUUGGACUGUCGCAUUUGCUUCUUAUUUUUGCAGCAAAAUCCAGCAGUCUUCAUUAUGUUUUUUUUGUCUGAAAAGUGUCUCUUACCACUUAAUAUGCUGCUUUCUUUACUGACAUACAAACAUUUUUCUGUAACAUUUAAUUUUGUGCUGGAAAACUAAUGUUUGGAAAUCCAAUAAGUUUUUGUAUUGACUCGAUAAUGUCAUAAAAUAAAAAUCUAUAAAGUUUGCUUUCA